AUGAAUACAUACAAAUAUAUAACGAACAAAUACCUAGGCGUUACUUUCGAUAAAUCCGGGAAAGACGACAACGAAAUAUGCUCGAGAAUAGUCAAAACAAGAAAUGCAAUAAAAUGUUUGAAUAAGAAUGAAAAACGGAGUAACGAAAUAGGUAAAGACAGAAAACUAAGAAUUUAUGAUGCAAUAAUCAAGAGCAAUCUGUUAUUUGGGGCGGAAACAUGGAGGUUAACGGAGAAUAACAAAAGAAAAUUACUGGUGGUGGAAAUGGACGCGAUAAGGAGAUCAGCACGAACAUCAAGGCUGGAUAGAGUACGAAACGAGACAAUGAGGGAUAAAAUGGGUAGACAAAAAACUAUAGUAGAGGAAAUAGAGAGUGCCCAACUGAAGUGGUAUGGACAUGUAAGAAGGAUGGACAACACCCGUCUGCCUCAGAAGGUACUAAACUGGCUUCCACAAAAGAGAAGGAAACGGGAAAGACCAAAGACAAACUGGAUGGAAGGUGUCAAGAAGGCGAUAAGCUCAAGGGAUCUGCGUGACGGAGACUGGAUUGAACGAAAUCAAUGGAGACUAAGCAUCGCACAACGUCGAAGGACUUUUUAA